UCUGCGGUCGUACUCGGAUGCGCUCCAGACGCAGCUCCGCGCACCCACUGCGCUCUGCAACAGGAUCAUACCCAGCGGGAGGAGCAGGCUGUCGGAACCUCUGAACUGGCCAAGGGGAAGAGAGGGAAGGAAACAUCUCCUUUCUCGUUCACUGUAAAGGGAAAUAGAACUGAUUUAUCUGAAACCAUCUCUGUGUAAACUUGGUGUGUUUGAGUUUGUUCAGCUACACUGUAAAAUUCACUGCACUGGAUAUAAAAAUGACAAAAAAAUGGAUCACAUUUUUGCUGCUGUUCUUGUCAGUUACUAUGUUUUUUGCCACUGCUAUACCAUCUGAAGGGCACCAGAAUAUGACAGAGGACUUCUCUCAGCUGAGUGUUACACGGAAUAAGAUUAUGACAGCACAAUAUGAAUGCUACCAGAAAAUUAUGCAAGAUCCUAUUCACAGGAAAGAAGGUCCUUACUGUAACAGGACAUGGGAUGGCUGGUUGUGCUGGAGCGAUGUUGCUGCUGGAACUGUGUCAGUACAGCGUUGUCCUGACUACUUUCAGGAUUUCAACCCAUCAGAAAAGGUUACGAAGAUCUGUGAUCCAAGUGGGAAUUGGUUUAGACACCCAGAAAGCAACAGGACGUGGACAAACUAUACCCAGUGUAAUAUCUAUACACAUGAAAAAGUGAAGACUGCUCUGAACUUGUAUUACUUGGCCAUCAUCGGACAUGGUCUUUCAAUUACAUCACUUCUGAUUUCUCUUGGCAUAUUCUUUUAUUUUAAGAGCUUGAGUUGCCAAAGGAUUACCCUGCACAAAAACCUAUUUUUCUCUUUUGUUUGCAACUCGGUCGUAACAAUAAUUUCACUGACUGCAGUUGCCAACAAUCAGGAGUUGGUUGCAACUAAUCCACUUAGCUGCAAAGUGUCACAGUUCAUCUACCUGUACCUAAUGGGUUGCAACUACUUUUGGAUGCUGUGUGAAGGCAUUUACCUGCACACUCUCAUUGUGGUGGCUGUUUUUGCUGAGAAACAACACUUGAUGUGGUAUUACCUUCUUGGCUGGGGUUUUCCACUGAUUCCUGCCUGCAUACAUGCCGUUGCUAGAAGCUUGUAUUAUAAUGACAAUUGCUGGAUCAGCUCUGAUACUCAUCUGCUGUACAUCAUCCAUGGCCCUAUUUGUGCUGCUCUGCUGGUGAAUCUUUUCUUCCUGCUAAAUAUAGUUCGUGUUCUUAUAACAAAGCUAAAAGACACCCACAAGGCAGAAUCCAACCUGUACAUGAAAGCAGUGAGAGCUACCCUGAUCCUUGUCCCUCUGCUUGGUAUUGAGUUUGUCCUGUUUCCAUGGCGACCAGAAGGCCGGAUUGCCGAGGAAGUGUAUGACUACGUGAUGCACAUCCUUAUGCAUUAUCAGGGUCUACUGGUGGCUACAAUCUUCUGCUUCUUUAAUGGAGAGGUCCAAGCUGUUUUGAGAAGACACUGGAAUCAGUACAAAAUCCAGUUUGAGCACAGUUUUAGCCACUCGGAUGCCAUGCGCACAGCUUCCUAUACCGUAUCGUCCAUCAGCGAUGUUCAAGGCUACAGCUAUAAUCACGACUGCACUAGUGAACAUUUAAAUGGGAAGGGCUACCAUGACAUGGAGAGUGUUGUUUUAAAAACUGAAAAAAUGUAUGGUUGACUGCCAAAGGCUUGGCCUAUGCCACUGUGCUUACCUUCCUGAACUCCCAAAUUUGAUUUAAUGACUUCAUGGCCAGAAGAUUUUACCUAACCUGGGAUAUGUUAUUCCCCUGAAUGAUGCAAACUAAACUAACACGUUCUUCAUAUGAAUGUAUAUGUAUGCAUAUAUACAUAUCUUUGUUUUUAUGUGUAUCUUUAUAUUAUAGACAUCUGUACAUGUAUAUAUCUAUAUAUCUAUGUGCAUUUAUAUGAGGAUACAAACUUUGCCUCUUCAGUUUCUACUGUGUAGACAAAGUUGGCAAUUUUUUGUACAAAGGGAAUCAAUGAAGGAUUUUAUUUUUUUUCUUGGAAGUUUGUACAAGACUGUGUUGUGUUGAUGCCACUUCACUUGUCUAUAGAAUCUUGGAGUGUAAAUACCAUACUGUAUUGUCUUAAUUCAACCUAAAACACAACAAAAGAAAAUGGUUAAAGUAGGUGCAGUGACGACAAUAGAUUGUCUAGGUUCAUUUUGUGUCCAGCAUUUGACUGUCAAAAAGCCCAAGAGGUAGUCUGAGAUAACAGAUUCAGACAUUGACCAUUUGGUUUGGUCAAUAAUACUGAAGGUUUGAUUUGGUCAAUUACUUUUUUCCACCAUUUUAAAUCAAGCAUAGAUACACCAGUGUAAAUUUGAGAUUUUACUUACCUCUGUAAUAUUACUAAUGUAGUAUUUCACAGCAUGCUUUGAGCGGUUUUAUUUAAACUACUUUUGCAUAUACAGGAGUGUCUCCUUCUCAAGUUUAUGGAAAUUUCUGAUUGACUUUAAGACAGACAAGGUCAAGGAGGCAUUACUGCCAGAAAGGAGCGUGGUAACCUGAGUAAGUGCAAAUCCUUACAGGCACUAACGCAUAACUGAAGCUGAUGGAACUUUACUGUGUGUGUAAGGAAUUUACUCAACUGGGAAACACUCAUGUAUAUAAUUUGUUCUAGUCAUGUUGUUGUUUUAUUUGUGUUUCCCUGGCCAUAUGCUUGAUAACAUAUUCCUUCAUUGCUGGGGCAAAGUUCUGAUCAAUUUUGUGGCAGCUUUUUGUCGGGGAAAAAAGCCUGUAAGACUGAAUGCAGUGCAAAUGUCAUAUGACCUUUAAAGCCAGUGCAUGAGAUUCAGGCUAAUCAUGCAACCUAAUGACAGUAACAAUCAUUAUUUGGAAAACCCAAUAUAAAGUUUGUCUUACAAGGGUUCAAAACAGUAUGGAUGAUAAUAUUAUUUGGAAUGCUUGAUUCCGAAUCUCUCUUAGUAGCUUUGAACAAUACUUAACAAGUUUUUUGUUGGUUCUGGUGGGGAAUAAAGAUCGCACUGAAAAUGAGGUCAGGAAGGACUUGAGAAAAUCCAUCUUUAUAGUGAUCUAUGUUUUUGUAAAUCUUUGUUUUAAGGAAAUUGUAGUUUUCUUAAGUGAAAUGACGAAAAUGCCCAAGAAUGAGGGCAUGAUGUGAGGUUAUAAAAGUCUUACUGAAAAUCAAUAAGGUAGAAAAAGGUUUUAUUAGUUUAUUUUGCAGAUAAAUCUACUUCAAGUGGGGAAAAAACAAACGAAGUAGAAGAAAAGUAGUGCUGGAGUUGACAGACAAUUAUGAUAAUUAAUGUAUAUCUAUCUGGUGCAUGUAAGCCAGUCAAAAGAAUGAAAGACAGUUCUUUCUGACACCACUUCAGUUUUAAAUACCUACUUGUGUAUACGAACAACUUGACUUUCACAUUUAAUCAUUUUUGUCAGUAGCCUUUCUGUAAGCUUCAUUAGCAUCUAGUUAUUUUGCUGUCACAGUGUUCACUAGUUUGUAAAUUCAUAUAGCUUCAAAUGCUUUGUAUUGAGAAGGAAAACAUUAGGAGGAAGCAGUAAGUUCAUGCCACUUGUGCCUUUCCAUAGUUUUUUGCAGUUCUUAUGUCUGGUGUUUGAAUCUUAAAAUUUUAUUAAUGAUUUAGUUUCAUAAUACAGAAUCUCAGCUAGGAUGCAUGGAUCAAGAUUUCUGCUCUUCUCCAGGGCUGUUGAUUGAUGAGAAUUAUUUGAAAAUCGGUAGGAUUCUGUACUUCAGAAUAGUGUGAAGUAUGGCAGUCAGAUGUCACAAUCUCUUAAAUUGUAAGAAUACAGUAACAGGAUCUGCUACAAUGUGAUAAGAAGUUAGUUACAACUGGUGCUUGCUGAUCUGUGUAGUGUUGCUUAAGAUCUGUGCAGUGUUCUGGAAAUACUAGUGGUGUUGCAAAUCCCUGCUCUGGUAGAGCAGCUUUAUACUGGAGGACUAGAUCAUCAACUGGUAUAGAUCUGUCUUGAGUUCUAUUUUCAAAAUCAGUGGGUACCAGCUGAGGAUCAAAGCCCAGGCAGACAUCUGUCCAUUUAAAAGUGCUUUGAAGUAUUUUAUGUCAUCUGGCAAUUAUUUCAUAGUACCUUGUGGAUUGUUGUAGUGUAUGCAACACUUUAUAGAGCGUAAUACAAUAUUAGAUUUUGAAUUAAGCUUCCUUCUCAACUAGUUCAAAUUUAAUAACCUAUAAUUUUUUUUCAUAUGAUGCAACGUACUAGUUGGUAAUUGCUCCCUGUCCUCUGUUAGAGAAACCUGUAAUGGUAAUUUAGAAGGGAAAAUUGUUCUACAGAAAUCAUCCUACUUCUAGCUGGACAGUUGCAGCAUGCUCCUGUGCAUGCUUGCACUUUCGAAAUUAAGUACACAUACAGUUGGAUGUGCGAGAAAAUGUAGCUGUGGAGGGUUACAUGGCAUAGGAGAGCUAUGUUUCCCCCUUCUCAGGAGGUUAGCUAAUCUAUUUCCUGUUUUGCAUUGGAAAACAUAAAUUCCCUAUUUUGCCUUCCUACCUCACCUUUUUCAGUUCCUACACAAUCAAGAGAAGGGUCUGCUUCUUGACAUGUUUCUCUGUCAUCAUAAAUUGAAAUCAAACCCUUAUGCUGAUUUCUCUUUCCUUAUUUUCUACUUUACAAAAUGUUGUAGUCUUUAUCUGUGAGCUCUGGGAUGGAUAUAGACUUUUUUGUUGGGCCUGUGAGAUUUCUUUGAACGUGUAUUGUUUGCUUUUUGGGCUUUUGGUUUGGGUUGGGUUGGGUUUUUGUUGUUGUUUAGUGAGGAUUUAUUGCAUCAGUCUACAGGGGCUACAGAAAUACUUGUCUUUGGUCUCUAUCUCUAAUACCAACAUGAUAGUUUUCCACGAGAGGGAAUGUCUAUUUUUAAUGCUACUGUCUUCAAUUAAUAAAACGUGCCAUUGCAGUAUCUGUUGUUUGAUUUUUAAUGUUAGCAUUUAUGCUAUGUGAUGAUCUACUAGAGUAUUUGGCUGUAGAAAUGCUGCAACACGUACUCCUUUUCAUGUCAUGAAACAUUUGGGCUGGAAACCAAGCAACAUUCAAGUAUUGUGCUAUGUAAAUAAGAUUAAUAGAAGCUACAGCAUUGUAUUUAUUGCUUACACUAAGAAUGACAUUGAAAAAAUGUGAAGUUAUUUUUUGAUUGUGCUUUGUUUUAAUUUCGUUCAUAUGAAUCAUCAUGCAUUUUAAUUGCUGAAUGAAGUAUUAUUAUGUUUGUGAUCAAUAAAAUAUUACUAUAGUUA